AUGUGCCAGAACACUACACAAAUCCAAGCGCCGCUUGUUAAUCAGACGGUUACGGCUAAGCCAAAGUUGACGGAGUUUCAAAUAGAUGCCCACAAGACAAUCAGCAUCAGCAAGGAUGAUCUCAACGACCUGUUGGACGUUUAUAUGGCCAAGUUGGCUGAAAACGCAGCCACCAUUCAGGACAAGGAGAAUGAAAUUAGCCAAUUACAGUCCAGGGAUAAAUCGGAUGAUGAUCAAUUGCAAAAGUACCAGGAGCUGUCGGAAACAUGCAAGGCUCAAAAUAUAUCAUUCACAGCCACAUUAGCCGAAAGGGACGAACAGAUUAAGAGCUUGGAAUCUAAGACCAGCACGUACGGAGCGAGAUUAAAGCGAAAACAGCAUUUGCUAGGUCUGUAUAAAAAACAAAACGAAUCCAACGCGGCAACGAUAAGCGAAUUGAAAGCUAGGGUAAAAGCUUUGGAAUACAGGCUCAGAGAAAGAAAAGAUGACCUACUCGCCGACUGGGAGGCGGCAACGAACAGUUGUCUGCCCUACGGCAAAUCCACGGGAAUUCAUUUGAUACAGCUGCCCGAUUUUCGGCCAUUUUUGGUGCCUUGCGACGGACUCACUGCAGCGGGCGCCGGCUGGACGGUUAUCCAGCGACGCUUCGACGGAUCUGUCAACUUCUAUCGCAACUGGAUGGAGUACCGCAAUGGGUUUGGCAAAUUGAAUGGAGAGUUCUUCAUAGGUUUGGAAAAACUGCACAGAUUGACCACGUUUCAGGCACACGAACUUUAUAUUUCGCUGCGUCUAUUUAAUGGCACUCGACGAUUUGCCUUGUACGAUGACUUUAUUAUCGGCAGCGAGAAGGAGGGCUAUGAAAUGAAAUUGCUGGGCAAUUUUCAUGGCAAUGCCAGCGAUGCAAUGCGCACACAUGACAAAAUGAAAUUCUCAACCUAUGAUAGGGAUCACGACGAGUUCACGCACAUCAAUUGCGCUGAAUACCAUCAUGGGGCUUGGUGGUACGACUUUUGCUCCCGCAGCAAUCUGAAUGGAAAAUACUUUAAAAAGGAAAUGGACAAUGAACAAGGCAUUUUCUGGGAUCGCUGGUAUAGCUUCAAGUCCCUAAAGUCGGUACAAAUGCUCAUCCGGCCAAAGAACGCGCACAAAAAUUAAUUACCUAAGGCUUUUAAUUGACUUUUAUACAAUAUAUCCGAUAUUGCUGUAUUGAGAUAUCUGAAUCUCGAUAUCUGCGCCAACAGAUACAGAUAAGCCCCAAGUCAUUUCCACGCCCAUUUUUUUUGCUGUAUCUCAUUUCGUUUCAUUGCAUUGCGCUUGUGUUUGUGCUUAUUGACACACAAGUCAAUAAUGCAAUUAAUUUCAACAAUUUAGACAAAUCAUAUUUGGCGUGUGCAUUAUUCAGAUG